GGAAGUCAGGCUUUUGCGUAAGCCGCUCAGAGUGAGGUUGGCAUACAUGUAAUGCUGCAGCGUUCCCUGUGUAGGUCACAAAUGCCUGUUUUUGUGCACUAGUUUUGUAAGUGCGAUUUUACCUUGCUGUGGUUUAAUAAAUUCACUACGGUUUUACGCUAUUUUGUGUAUUCUAUAUACUCUGAGCACACUGGAUCAAUAUAGAGCGAAGCUGGAUGUAAGCAAGACCGAAGGCUCGCUGACCCUGGAUGGGGAUUUAAGCAUAUUAGACCUGACUGAUGUAUACCAUUUACAAGGGUGUGUCACAGCAUGGGGAAGAGACGCUGUGUAUCGACUGCAGAGAACAAGCCAUCUUCAGGCUGCUGCGGAGUGAAGAAACCCAAACUGUGCCCUUCUCCAGCAGGCAGUGCCCAGCAGCUCCCAGCUUCUCAUAACUGCCAUCCCCCUGAGGACAAGACGGUGGGCCCAGGUGCCCUCACCCCACUCUCCCGUCCCAAUGGGACCACAAGCGGCAGGGAGCAGUUGGUGGUGACAGCUGAAAUGGGCUGCUACUGCUUUGAUGUUCUGUAUUGUCACCUGCAUGGCUUCCCACAGCCACGUCUGCCACGUUUCACUAAUGACCCCUAUCCAUUGUUUGUUACGUGGAAGGCUGGACGUGACAAGCGUCUUCGUGGCUGUAUCGGGACUUUUUCGGCCAUGAAUCUACACUCAGGUCUCAGGGAAUACACCUUAACCAGUGCCCUUAAGGACAGCCGCUUUCCUCCACUAACCUGUGAGGAACUUCCCAAACUGUCCUGCUCCGUGUCUCUGCUCACCAACUUUGAGGAUGUAGGCGAUUUUCUGGAUUGGGAGGUUGGAGUCCAUGGGAUCCGGAUUGAGUUCCUAAAUGAGAAAGGAGUAAAACGCACAGCCACCUACCUGCCAGAAGUAGCCAAGGAACAAGACUGGGAUCAGAUCCAGACAAUAGACUCUCUGCUCAGGAAGGGCGGCUUUAAAGCUCCUAUUACUAAUGAGUUUAGGAAAAGCAUCAAACUCACAAGGUACCGAAGUGAGAAGGUGACAAUCAGUUACACGGAAUACGUGGCCUCCCGCCAACCAGCACAGCAAAAUGGCACUGUGCAUGCACCUCCUCAUUAUACGCAUUACUCCUGACACAGCGCUGCCCCCACCGCAGCCCUGUCCCCCGCUCGCCGGCAAUGCCUGUGACCUCCUGACAUCUGACUCCUCCUCAGCGCCCUCCUCCUGGUCCAGUUACCUGUACUACUGCACCAUUUUAUGAGCUUCACCAGAGGGGGGAGCCGUCCCCAGAGACUCGCAGACACAUGCAGCCUUACCUCACCCCAGCACUCUCCAGGGACUAAGGAGGGAGAGCUACGUGGGAUAUUACAGUCUCCACCAACCCCUCCAGUGUAAGGGGUCACUUCCCCCACAAAAAAAGCACUUUUAGGUUUUUACAUUCUUAACUCCUUAAUUUUUUAUUAUAUAAAUACGUAUCUAUAUAAAUGUCUUUUUUUUUAACCUUAAACAUCCUUAACUUAUGAAAUCUGAUCCCUUCCAUAUUAAGCUGGCCAUAUAUUGGUCAAA